AGGUGAGGGGAGGGAGAUAACGGGCCCCGAUCUACAAUGUAGCGAUUCUGAAGAAAAAUUCAGCCGGUGGGCAGCGCCCCCCCCGCCCUUCACACACGUGGGGUGGGAAAGCUCCACCCCCUCCGCCUCAGUUUCGGCCCAGGCCCGGCUGCUUGUCGCCACCGCGUCUCUCUUGACAGGGCUCGGAGUUGGACCCCGCCCGCCGAGGAGGAGGGAGAGAGUAGCCGGCUUGAACAGCCGUCUGGAGCGUGAGUCGAAGAUGCUGCGGGAAGACGAGAUCCGCGCCGGAGACCGGUUAAGCGGCGCCGCCGCCCGGGGUGACUUGGCCGAGGUGCGGCGCCUCUUACACCAGGAGUUGGUGCAUCCCGAUGCCGUGAACCGUUUCGGCCGCACCGCGCUGCAGACCAUGAUGUUUGGUAGCUCUCCCAUUGCCCUGGAGCUACUGAAGCAAGGAGCCAACCCCAACGUCCAGGAUGCGACGGGUACGACACCCGUUCACGAUGCUGCCCGCACCGGCUUUCUGGACACCCUGCAAGCCCUGGUGGAACACGGGGCUGACGUGAAUAUACCGGAUGCCGAGGGGUCCCUGCCUUUCCAUCUAGCCAUGCGUGAGAGGCACGUCCCCGUGAUGGCCUACCUGGCCUCACGAACCAAAUUCAAGCUCCGGGACCCCGGCAGCCAUGAUCCACCCGAGCCAGAGGAGCAGCCAGGGUGGGUCGAGACCCCCGAGAUGGCAGACCCCCCAGAGAGGGACUCCCCUCCCACCAUGCUGUGACACUGCCCCCACUAGCACCGAGACAACUGCCCCCGAAUGCUGGGGGUGGUUGUCCCUUAAAUCCUUUCCACCCAAUUCCGAGCUGAAGGUGAGGGGGGGCGGGGUGGGGGGGACAGGCUGCUUGAGCUGUCUGUUGUGGCUCAUUUGUGUUUGUUCUAUCUACGGAGGAUUGGGGAUUUCUCUCUCAUUAACCUCCUCUCCCUUCCCCCCUCCCUUUGUUAAAAGAAAAGGGCAGCCAGUUAGAAGGGAAGGAUUUCAUUCUAGAUGUGGGAGGCCCGGCUAGGGAGGGAACCAUUUCUCUGUCUCCCAGGUGUGAUGAACGGUUCGUGCUCUCUGGGGUGGGGGGGCUGGGAUGUUUUACCUGCCCCUUCCCCAGAGCACACCCUCCUGCCUGCUGUGAGUUCCAGUGCCCUCACUCCAGCCCCUCCCACCCCGUUUCCCAAGACCCGAAAAGGGAUGGAAAGAGAGCUGGGCCCUACCCUUUAAUCCAGAGUUUGAACUGGGUGAAAAGUUCUAAAGUUCUGUGGGAAGAGGAGGCCAGGAGACUGGGGAGUUUCAUGUGUUGUCUAUUCCCAGUCCUCUACUUGUACAGUGUUUUUAAUUGAUUCUAUUUAUUUUUCUGCGGGGGAAGAGAGAGCUAUCGGAUGUACGAUAACUUAAUGUUUUUACCCAUUAAAUUAAGAUUUAACAGC